UCUUAUUCGCGCGCACAGAGAUACGAGUGCUGCCCGGGGAAUUUUUUUCAGAAGAGGCUGGGAGAGCGUUCUCCCCCCCCCUUUGCAGUUUUCUAUUCUGCUCGCUGCGAGCCUUAGGCGGAGCUCUUCCGGAAUCCAAGAGCCUAUUUGUAAACUGGAAAUCUUUCCUGGUUCCUCUGGAGGCUUAAGUAUCUUGUGAAGGAAGAGAGCUGAAGGCCUUGGAAGGUUUGUUUUGUCUUCCUGUGAUUGGUAAGACUUGGGGACAUCCAUCAGUCCAUUUUGGAGUUGGAUUAGAGGCCAGAGAGAAGAUGGAAGGACAACACCCAACAGAUGCAGGAGUUGGAAAAAGCCCUACGGCUGCUCAGCCUUGGAACUGUGGGAAGAAUGAGGCAAGUCCUGGGCAGAAGAGCCAAGAAGAGAAAGCCAACACAUCAGAAGUCAAAAUCUUUCACUUCAGAAAAGUGCACUUCCAGGAGGGGAGGGGUCCCCGAGAUGUUUGCACUCAGCUUCACCGCCUUUGCCAUCAGUGGCUACAACCAGAAAGACACACAAAGGCUCAGAUGCUGGACCUGGUGCUCCUGGAACAGUUCCUGGCUGUCCUUCCCCCAGCAGUGGAGAAAUGGGUACGGGAGUGCAGAGCGGAGACCAGUUCCCAGGCGGUGGACCUGGCCGAAGGCUUCCUGCUGACCCAGGAGUUGGAAAAGAUGCAAGAAGACUUGCAGAAGUCCUUGAAAGAUGUGUUUGGUUAUCCCAAGGAGAGGAAAGAGUCACCCAAACUCUAUCAAGAGCUGCAAUUCAGGAAAAGCUUCCAGAAAGAUCAAAGUCAGGACACCCUGCCAGAGAAUAGAAAGCUGUCCUUGGUUCUUUUAGAAUCGCCUCCUCUUUCUGGUGGAGCUGAAAGAGUGAUUGAACCUCUAUCACAGGAUGUUGUGUCUUUGGAGGAAGUGGCUGUGUACUUCUCUGAGGAAGAGUGGUCCCAGCUGGAUCCUGGCCAAAAAGCACUCCAUGGAGAAGUCAUGCUGGAGAACUCCAGGAAUCUGGCUUCUCUGGGCUUUAAUGGACAAGAGGAUAAGAAUUGCAAGGAGGAAUGUCAAGCGAUCCAUCCGGAAGAGGGAAAAGGGAAUUUUGCAGAUCAGGUGCAACCAAACGGUGACGAAACAAACGGAUCGCAAAGUGGAAUUAAAAACGUCUUUCCUCAGGUCAGCUGGCUUCCUAACCGUACAAGCAUCGAUACGGGAGACAAACCAUACAAAUGCCCGGAGUGUGGAAAGAGCUUUAAUAAAGCCGAUCAUCUCAUUUCCCACACAAAGACACAUUCGGCACAGAAACGAUUUAUCUGCGGGGAGUGUGGAAAGACCUUCUGUAAUAAUCAGUCUCUUAGAAGUCAUGAGAGGAAUCACACAGGAGAACGACCAUAUCAGUGCACGGAGUGUGGAAAGACCUUUAGUUGUAGCAGCAAUCUUACUUCCCACAAGAGGAUCCACACAGGAGAGAAACCAUAUAAAUGCAUGGAGUGUGGAAAGACCUUUAUUCAUAGCAGUUACCUUAAUUCCCACAAGAGGAUCCACACAGGAGAGAAGCCGUAUCAGUGUGUGGACUGUGGUGAGGGCUUUAGGUGGAACUGUGAUCUCACUUCCCAUAAAAGGAUCCACACAGGGGAGAAGCCAUAUCAGUGCACGGAGUGUGGAAAGAGCUUUAGUUUUAGCAGUAGUCUUAAUUCCCACAAGAGGACCCAUACAACGGAGAAGCGAUAUCCAUGUGUGGAAUGUGGAGAAGGCUUUAGGUGGAUUUGUGAUCUCACUUCCCACAAAAGGAUCCACACAGGGGAGAAACCGUAUCAGUGCCUGGAGUGUGGAAAGAGCUUUGCAAGGAGCAAUGCCCUCACUUGCCAUAGAAGGAUCCACACGCGGGAGAUGUCAUAUCAGCAGAGGAAGUAUGGAAAGACUUUCAGUAGAAAUAUGGGUAAUCCUCGGUUUAUGACUGCAAUUCAGCCCAACAUUUCUGUGGCUAAGCAAGAUGGUUAUUGGGAUAUGACCAGCCUGUUAUUUAAUAGGAAGAAACCUCAGAGGAAGAAAACAAGCUACAAUGGUGAAAAGUCCUAUAAAUGCACACAGCAAGGUUUUUAUUUGGCGAAGGCCUACAUGGGGCUUUUGGAAUCUUACAGCAACUUGAAAUCAUUUACACAAAAGUCAGUAAUGGUCUAUCGGUCCUGCAAGUCAGGGCUCUUUUUCUCCCACUGGGAUGAAACGUGGUCUGACUAUGCUGCCUACAGAUCCCAGAAAGUCAAGACUGCGGAAACGGCUGGAACGCGCGUCCGCCGUUUCUACAGCGUCCGUCUGCUCCCCCGCCUCGCUGCGAGCCUUUGGGGUGAAUCUUUCUAUCUAGGGAGCCAACAGGCUGCAGGGAAGUCUUGCACAGUAUGUAAGCUGGAAAUCUUUUCUGGUUCCUCUGGAAUCUCACGUAUCUUGUCUGGAAAGAGAGCUGAACGGUCUUGGAAAAUUUGGCCAGACUUCUUGUGGACAAACAGACCCGUAAAGAGCCACGAGUCCAUUUUGGAAUUGGAUAGAGAGAAGAUGGAAGGACAACGCCCAGCAGAUUCAGAAGUUAGAAAAGGCCCUGCAGCUACUCAGCCUUGGAGCUAUGGGAAGAAUGGGGCAAUUCCUGGCCUGAACAGCCAAGAAAAGGAAUCCAACAAUUCAAAGGUCCAAUGGUGUCACUUCACAGAAGUGCAAUUCCAGGAGGGGAGGGGUCCCCGAGAUGUUUGCACUCAACUUCACCGCCUUUGCUGUCAGUGGCUGCAACCAGAAAGACACACAAAGGCCCAGAUGCUGGACCUGGUGCUCCUGGAGCAGUUCCUGGCUGUCCUUCCCCCAGAGAUGGAGAAAUGGCUGCGGGAGUGUGGAGCAGAGACCAGUUCCCAGGCAGUGGCCCUAGCCGAAGGCUUCCUGCUGACCCAGGAGUUGGAAAAGAUGCAAGAAGACUUGCAGAAAUCCUCGGAAGCUGUGACCGAGUAUCCCAAAGGGAGGAAAGAUUCAUUCAAAUCUUCCCAAGAGCUCCUGUUCAGGGACACUAUACAUAAAUAUCAAAAUGAAGACACUAUGCCAGAGAGUACAAAGCUGUCUUUGGGAUUUUUAGGGUCGCCUCCUCUUUGUGGUGGAGCUGAAGGAUUGGCUGAACCUCUACUUCAGGAUGUUGUGUCUUUUGAGGAGGUGGCCGUGUAUUUCUCCAAGGAGGAGUGGUCUCAACUGGAUGCUGACCAAAAAGUACUCCACGGAGAAGUCAUGCUAGAGAAUUCCAGGAACCUGGCUUCUCUGGGCUUUAAGGGGCAAGAGAAUAAGAAUUGCAAGGAAGAAUGCCAAGCGAUCCAUUCAAAAGGGGGGAAAGGGAAAUUUGCAGAUCCGAUGCAACGAAAGAGGGAUGAAACAAAGCGACCACAGAGUGGAAUUGAAAAAAAAUGUCUUCCUAACCAUACAAUCAUCAAUAUGGAAGAAAGGCCAUAUAAGUGGAUGGAGUGUGGAAAGAAGUUUAAUAAAUCCGAUCAUCUCAUUUCCCAUAAAAAGAUACAUACAGGAGAGAAGCCAUAUCAAUGCACGGAAUGUGGAAAGACCUUUACUCGUAGCAGUAAUCUUAAUUCCCACAAGAGGAUCCACACAGGAGAGAAGCCAUAUCAAUGCAUGGAGUGUGGAAAGAAUUUUACUUAUAACCGUAAUCUUAAUUCCCACAAGAGGAUCCACACAGGAGAGAAACCGUAUCAAUGCACGGAGUGCGGAAAGGCCUUCGGUUAUGCUAAGUGUCUUAUAAUCCAUCAAAGGAUUCACAAAGGAGAAAGACCUUAUAAAUGUAUGGAGUGUGGAAAGACUUUUACUCAUAGCAGUAGCCUUAAUUCCCACAAGAGGAUCCACACAGGAGAGAAGCCAUAUCAGUGCAUGGAGUGUGGAAAGACCUUUAUUCGUAGCAGUAAUCUUACUUCCCACAAGAGGAUCCAAGGAGAGAAGCCAUAUAAAUGUGUGUAAUGUGGAAAGGGCUUUAGGUGGAAUUGUGCUCUUCCGUCCUAUAAAAAAAUCCAUAGAGGAGAGAAGCUAUAUCAAUGCUUGGCAUUGAAAGACCUUUACUCAUAG